AACUAUUCAGAGGCAAAUGUCUGAUCAAUUCAGAUAAGAGGUCUUAACCAUUCAGACUCUGUAUAAUACUUAACCAUUCAGAGGCAAAUCUCUUAACCAUUCAGACAUCUGAACCAUUAAGAGGCUGAAACAAACAGUCUGAACCAUUAAGUGCUGAACCAUUCAGACAUCUGAACCAUUAAGAGGCUGAAACAAACAGCCCCUAAGUUUUUUUUUUCAGUUUCUUGUGUUUCUUUCAACAUUUAGCUACUUUUGUUGAGUGUCCUUCCACACAUUCCAAUAUCAUCCCUGCAAAAAAAAAGGAGAAAAAAAAACACAGAGCUGUAUGUUGGUGUCCCUCAAUCUCCCACGCCCCUUUUCGUCCAUUUUCUCCGCUGUUGCAGCCGCCGCUCCGCAACGAGCCCUAGCCAUCAUCAAUCAAAAGGGAAGAAGAAGCUUUGGGUGCCGUCGAUGGGUGCUUUAGUGGAGGAUCAUUACAAUGCGGAGCUGGAGAAUGGAGGAGUGGGGCUUGGGGAUUGCAUUGAUCUCGGGGUUGAGGAUGAACCAGAGACCCUGGCUAUUGAGGAGUCUGUGAAAAUCCUCCUGCAGGGUCUGGGUGAGGAUGUUAAUAGAGAAGGUCUCAGGAAAACCCCUUUUCGGGUCGCCAAGGCCCUCCGCGAGGGCACCAAAGGGUAUAGACAAAAAGUGAAUGAUGUUGUACACGGCGCCUUAUUCCCAGAAGUUGGGUUGGGAGCUGGCGUGGGUCAUGCUGGUGGGGCUGGCGGGCUUGUGAUCGUCCGUGACAUAGAUCUCUUCUCAUACUGUGAGUCUUGCUUACUCCCCUUCCACAUCAAGUGCCACGUGGGAUACGUCCCAUCUGAACAACGUGUGGUAGGACUCAGCAAGCUCUCCCGUGUGGCUGACAUCUUUGCAAAACGGCUUCAGAAUCCUCAGCACCUCUCUGAUCAGGUGUGCGCCGCCCUACAGCAAGCAUUCAAUCCAACGGGGGUCGCUCUUCUUCUACAGUGCUCCCACAUCCACAUCCAUCAUGGGUGGGUCAAGGUCUUGGUCACUUCUGGGUCUGGAGUUUUUGAGGACGAGAAAGCUAACGUGUGGACAGACUUUCUGGGUCUCCUGAGAUUGAGAGGAAUAUGUUCGGACACAAAGGACAUCGAAAGACCGUUUUGCCCCUCACUCUUUUCAUGCAAGACGCUGCCACCGGUGAAUUCAGUCAUGACUAACGCGGUGGGGUCCAUUCUUUUGUCUCUUGGCGAAGACCCAUUCAGAAAAGAGCUUUUAGGAACACCGUCCCGUUUUGUCAAGUGGUUCGCAGACUUCAAGAAUUCCGAUUUGGAAAUGAAGAAACCCUUUGGAGGAUUUGUGAGGUGCGGUUCGGAUUCCAAACCAGAGAUGGUUUCUGAACUGAACUUGCCAUUCUGGUCACAAUGCGAACACCAUCUUCUUCCAUUCUAUGGGGUUGUGCAUAUAGGAUACCUUUGUGGUUCAAAUGGAGGAGGAGGAGGAGGAGGAGCCAAAUCAACCUUGCAGUCAAUAGUUCAUUUUCAUGGCUAUAAACUUCAAGUGCAGGAGAGGCUAACAAGACAGAUAGCAGAGAGUGUGGCUUCAGCAAUGGGGGAGGAGGACGUAAUCGUAAUUGUCGAAGCCAGCCACACAUGUAUGAUAUCCCGGGGGAUCGAGAAGGUAGGGAGUAACACCGCCACGGUUGCCGUGUUGGGCCGGUUUUCGCGAGAGCCCGCUAUGAGGAUGCAAUUUUUGCAGAGCAUUCCCAACUCAUGUGGUUUGAAGGAAAACGGUAAUACAUCUUUUAGUCCAUAGAAGAAACACACACAAUUGGUUCCCAUUGGCAAAGUUUUUGCAAUUUGUUCAGAUAUGUGGAUUGAAUAAUCAGAGUUCACACAAAGGAGGAGUUGCAAUUUAUGAUUCUUCUUCUUUUAAAACUUUGGAAUUCCCCAGCUCCGACGGCCGGCAAACACCUACAUCUUCAAAGUCCGCCGGCCAUCGAACUCCGCCGCCACCAAUACCCUUAGACCACUCCGCCUUCUUUCCGCUGUCUCAUAGGAGAAUUCUCAAGUUCUUCCUCCUCUUUUUCAUUGAGGCAAUAUGAAAGCUUGCUGUGGUGCUCCAUCGAUGGCCUCUGUUCAGAAUUCUGUCUGGACAGAAGGGUCUCCUUUGAAUCUGAUGAAGGGCUCUGGAAUGUGUUUGAAUUCUAAUAAAGUAAGGGUCUUUUCACUAAGGCCCUGCAGAGCUACUCAAGUUAAAGGGUGUUUGGCUACUGGGAAGAUGACUUCUUCUGUGACAGUGCCAGAAAUUCGAGGUGCCAGCUUCACGGACUAUGAUUUAAGCCAAGCUGAUCCUGAUGUUCAGUUAAUUAUCACCAAGGAGAAAGAACGCCAGUUUAGAAGUUUGGAGCUCAUUGCCUCGGAGAAUUUCACGUCGCGGGCAGUGAUGGAAGCAGUCGGUUCUUGCCUCACAAAUAAAUAUUCUGAAGGACUUCCUGGAAAACGGUACUACGGUGGGAAUGAGUACAUUGAUGAGCUAGAGAUUCUUUGUCAGGGAAGGGCAUUGGCAGCAUUUAACCUAGAUGGAAGCAAAUGGGGUGUAAAUGUUCAGCCACUAUCGGGUUCUCCAGCAAAUUUUGAAGUUUAUACUGCCAUUCUUAACCCACAUGAUCGGAUAAUGGGAUUGGACUUGCCUCAUGGGGGGCACCUGUCUCAUGGAUUCAUGACUCCCAAAAGACGGGUUUCAGGAACAUCUAUUUAUUUUGAAUCUAUGCCUUACCGACUUGAUGAAUCUACAGGACUUGUUGAUUAUGACAUGCUUGAGAAAACAGCAACACUUUUUCGGCCUAAACUUAUCAUUUGUGGUGCUAGUGCUUAUCCACGAGACUUUGAUUAUCCUCGCAUGAGAAAGGUAUAGUCAAUUACUCAAAUAUCAAGUUGGUAAAUGGCAACUUUUUCUAUUUCAGUGCUCUAAUAUUUUAUACUUCUGUUUGGUAAUCUACCUAUGUGUGUGCGUGUGUGUCUUGAAAGAUAGCAGAUGAUGUUGGAGCUUUUCUAAUGAUGGAUAUGGCUCAUAUUAGUGGGCUUGUUGCUGCCUCUGUUGUUGCUGACCCUUUUGAGUACUGUGACAUUGUUACAACAACUACCCACAAGGUGAGGUUUCUAUUUUCUUCCAUGAGGUUUUGUGCUUGAACCAGAGAGAAUUUGCUAGUGGAGAACGUAAAUGUAUGGUCUAUUGGAAACCUCUCUACUUUAUUAGUAGGGGUAAGGUCUUCUUCAAGAUCAACUCCACAUGUUUUUCUCAUCAAAGUGUGAACUAUCCAAACUAGACACAAGUAUUUAUGUGUCUCCAGUCUCUGAGAGGACCAAGAGGCGGCAUGAUCUUCUUCAAGAAGGAUCCUGUUCUCGGAGUUGAUCUAGAAUCUGCCAUUAAUAAUGCCGUUUUUCCAGGUUU